AUGCGUGAUUAUAGUGAACAAGAAAAAGUAACUGUGUACAUAAUUGUUGAACAAGAAAUGCCUACUAGUCCAAAAGAUAAUAUAAUAAUUGAUACUAAUUUAGAGCGCGUAUCCGAGGAAAUAAUAGAGAAAGAAAAAAAUACCACGGAGCAACUAAAAGUAGUGAAAUCUUUAAACAUCUCCUUCACACAACUAGGUCACGAGGAAUGUGAGAUAUGUGAAGCUCAUAAAAUACAUUGCAAAUCUGAAAAUCAUGAUAAAGACAGUAUUUUUGAUGACUGUGUAAAAUGUUUAGAUUACAGGAAUCACAAAUCGCGAGCACUAAAAGCUAGAAAACUUUAUUUAAAACAUAAGGAAGAGAAGGAAAAUGAACCCAACCACAUUUACUAUAGCACAGAUUUGGAAAAAGUUAUAAUGUUACCAAGAUUAGAAACUUUUAAGGAAGUAGUUUUUUGUCAAAGACUGGUAGCAUUUAAUCAAACCUUUGCUCCGAUAGGAAAAUCUAAUACAAAUCCAUACGCUGUUUUAUGGCACGAAGCCAUAGCUGGCCGUAAACAAGAAGACAUUAUUAGUGCCUUUAAUGUUUUUCUUAUGCAGAGUCGAGAUUAUAAUUUCAUUGAUUUGUGGCUUGACAAUUGCGCGGCUCAAAAUAAAAACUGGCUAUUGUAUUUUUACCUAGUCCACAUUAUAAACUCCAGCGCAAUCAGUGCCAAGCAAGAUAACCUUAAUUAUUUUGAAUCUGGACACACCUUUAUGAGUUGUGACCACUUCCAUCACCAAGUGGAACUUUCAAUGAAAAGAAAAAAGAAACUCCACGAUUUUCAAGACUUUAUUGAAGCAGUGUCUGCUGCCAAUACCGCAAAAGUGACUGUUAAGGAAAUGAAAACCUUCGAUUUCAUUAACGUUAUUGACUAUACAUCUCCAAGAAGAAUCCAAACUUCAAACCCACGUGCAUAUAUGCGAAACAUGGUGCAAGUAAUAUUCAAAAGAGGAUCGUUUAAUUUGUUUUACAAAACUGACUUUGAUGGGGAAGUAAACGAACUAACUUUUCUAAAAGAUACGUAUUUAAAAUCUAAAACAGGACCGGUUUCUGUAAUAACGUCUAGAACAAAUCCAAGAGGCAUAAAAACCUCAAGAAAAGAGAAUAUACUGAAAAAACUUAGCAAAUUUAUGCUGCCUUAUAAGCAAACGUUUUGGAAAAAUUUACCUACCAAUGACAAUGAAAAGACUGAUUCUGAUGAGGAAUGA